CUCUCCUUCUUCUUCAAAUUUUAGUUGUGAACCUUUCAUUUUUUUAGUUUUUGCGAUUAACAUUUAUUCGUAAGUUUGUUUUGUAUUACUUUUCAUUGUGAUUUGUGAUUUUUAUGGUAAUAACUUAAUUACGGUUUUAUUGCAGAUGACAUUCCAAAAGUUCACGCUUGGAUUACGGUGGAAUGGUUACAUGGAAGAGACCGAAAAGAGGGUAUGUUACAUCGGUGGCAAUUUUUAUAAAAUUAAGGUCGCUACGAGACCAAUGAUUGAAGAGCUCCAUCAAAUGUGUACUGAGGUUACCUGCAUGGAUGGCACGAGAAGAGUCAAUCGUAUGGUGUAUCGAUAUCCAAACAGAAAUUGCGGGUCAUUGUGGAAUGAGGAAUUCCUCAUUACCACUCAGGAGGACAUUGAUGUCAUGGUUCAAUUUUUGACCACCAAUAACAUUAAACAAGCGGAGAUGUUCGUUUACACCGAGGCGGUCGAAGGCGGUGUAGGUCAUUCUGGAGAUCGCCAAACAUCUGGUAUUCACGAUGGGGGUGGAUUCUACAAAGAGCAUCCCCACCAAGAGUACCAAGAACCUCAUUCAUACCAGGAGUAUCAUGAUGGAACUGGAGGUCAUCAUCAAUCCUUCUCAUCAUAUAAAGAAGAAGCUCAACAGUAUCAUGGGAACCAACAAGAAGGCUACCAGUACCAACCCGAGUACAACUUCUACCGAGGCGGCGGUAGUUACCACACUACCAUUGCGGAGCUGAUGAAGGUGCCUUUCAUGAUCUUGAUCAGAUGGAAGAUGUCCAUCCAAAUCCAGUUAGUGACCCCGAGGAUGAAGAAGAGGAAGGCGAAGUCAGUGCAGACAGCUUCGAUCUUCUUGAAGGUGUUGAUGAUUCUGGCACAGAUUCAGAAGCAGACGAUGAUGAGGUGCCUCGCGAACGUGUACCUAUCUCGUACUAUAAUCACAUUCUAAAUGAAGAUUGGUAUGUUGAUGCCAACAUGGAACCGCCAGAGGUGCCAGUAUGGCGUCCACUCACUGGCUUUACGAAGGGCUAACAAUUUGCAACGAAGAAUGAGGUGCGGCACGCUAUUGCCACUAAAACAAUGACUCAGAGUUUUGAAUGGCACACAACCCACUCCGACACGAAGGGCUCAUGGUUAGAUGCCAAAAUCAACACGAGGGAUGCAAGGGUAGGGUCCAGGCCAUCAAGAGCAAGAGAGUCGACCAUUGGGUAAUAUCUCGUGCGGUGAACACUCACACAUGUGUGUCAUCCAUAACAUCCCAUUGACAGUUGAAAUCCAGGGCGGUUGCCGCAACUCGCAACUAUCAAGCAUCUAAUUGAGGAGCAGCCCGACCUAAAGGUUAAAACCAUCAUUGUAGACAUUUCUAGUCGUUAUGGAUAUAUUAUUAACUAAAAGAAGGCGUGGCAUGAAAAGAAAAAAGCAAUGGUCGCCGUGUUUGGUGACUGGGAAGAAUCAUAUGCAUUCCUUCCCAUAUUGAUUAUGGCAUUGUAGGGGUCUAACCUUGGCACCGUUUUCUCUCCCCGCUACCAAGAUGAAGAAAUUCAGCCGCUAGAGUCCGGUAACAAACGCCAUUUCAAGCG